UAUAAGUGGUUUCUUCGCAAACAAAAGACGCCAUCCAAUCGGCUAUCUUAUUGACCUUCCGAAAUAUAUACUAUAUCUGAAUAGCCAUUUUAUUGCAAACCAUGAUUUGGAUGUUUUUUUAGCAGCGGAUGGUAAUUACCGUCUUCAGGUCCACCGAAUUCACCCGAAGAUGGUCGCAGAAUCUCUUCCCAAGAGGACCUCCUCCGCCCGCACUACAAUUGAGGCGUCCACUGUCCUUUGCCCACGUAAUUCCUUCUCAAAAUCCACAAUAAAUCGACCCUCGUGCCGUCAUGCGAUCGCCCACUUCCGCAGCAAAUCCGCCUACUGUCCCGCAGGUACAACUCAAGCUAAUACCAUCAGCUGAUUCCCAUCUUAUGACGACCGUCCGAUCGAUAACGUUCAGUACGCUGCUCCGCAGGCUAUCUCAACGGCAGCGUCAGUUCCCCUAGUCCAAUCCUCCGACGGCGCUGUAACAAACCCGAAGGCAUUAAAUCCAAACUCAGCGGCAUCUGAGCCUUUAUUUAAAACUCAGAUAUAUUCGAAACCCACCACUUCCGUUCCCUUCACGGUUCCGCUUACUCCAUGUGACGCUGAUGCCAUAACGUCAACUUGGUGCACCGCUCUCUUUCCCUGCUUCUCCAGUUCUCCUACCGCUCUCUCUCCCUGCUUCUCCUACGAUUCGCCGGAUCGAUGCCCAACCGAUUUAUUAUUAUUUUCAAAGAAUUCGUUUAAUUCGACAAAGAACGCUCCCCUGCCCUCGUCGACUCCAGAUCCCGUGGCGACGCGACCCCAAGAGAGAGAGAGAGAGAGAGAGGAGGGAGAUGACGGUACCUGAGAGGCAUCGGAACGGGGCGGCGCCUGCGGUGGUCCCGCCGCCGCCUAGGGUUCCGCUGCGGCGGGUCCUCCGCGUGGCGUCAGUGGCGUGCGGGAUUCAGUUCGGUUGGGCCCUCCAGUUGUCGCUGCUGACGCCGUACGUCCAGGAGCUGGGGAUCCCUCAUGCAUGGGCGAGCCUGGUGUGGUUGUGCGGGCCGCUCUCGGGGCUCAUCGUCCAGCCCCUCGUUGGUUACCUGAGCGACCGCUCCGCGAGCCCCUUCGGCCGCCGCCGCCCCUUCAUCGCCGGCGGCGUCGCCACCAUCGCCCUCGCCGUCCUCCUCGUCAGUCACUCUGCCGACCUCGGCCACCUCCUCGGCGACCUCUCCGCCUGGCCCCGCCGACCCCGCGCCAUCGCCGUCUACCUUCUGGGGUUCUGGCUCCUUGAUGUCGGCAACAACGCCACCCAGGGCCCCUGCCGCGCCCUCCUCGCCGACCUCGCAGGGAAGGAUCACAGGAGGACUCGGAUAGCUAAUGCUUAUUUUUCACUCUUCAUGGCCUUGGGAAAUAUACUAGGCUUUGCUACUGGAUCUUAUAGUGGCUGGUUUACCAUCUUUCCCUUUACUGUCACCUCAGCUUGCAGCAUCAACUGUGCCAACCUCAAGUCUGCUUUUCUUCUUGACCUUGUUCUUCUUAUCAUCACUACUUAUAUCAGUAUAUCAUCCGUCCAAGAAGUUCCUCUAAAUUCUAGCAGUGAGGUUCCAUACUCUGCUGAAGGAACAGUAGAGCAGCUAAACCAUGGCCAAGAGGCUUUCCUCUGGGAAUUGAUAGGAUCCUUUAGAUACCUAACAUUGCCUGUUUGGAUGGUUCUGAUUGUUACUGCACUUACUUGGAUAGGAUGGUUUCCAUUUAUUCUCUUUGACACUGAUUGGAUGGGCCGAGAGAUCUAUCGAGGCAACCCAAAUGAAGGGCAACAUUAUCAAAUUGGAGUUAGAAUGGGGGCUUUUGGUCUGAUGUUGAAUUCUAUUCUUCUUGGUUUUACUUCAGUUGUGAUGGAAAAACUGUGCCGGAAGUUGGGAACUGGACUUGUUUGGGGAAUCUCAAAUAUUCUCAUGUCUUUCUGCUUUGUAACAAUGCUCGUAAUAUCUUCAAUUGCGAAAAAUGUGGAUUACCCCAGCAGUGGACUUCCUCCAGAUGGCAUUGUUGUUGCUGCACUAAUUGCUUUUGCAGUACUUGGGGCACCUCUGGCAGUUACUUAUAGUAUUCCUUAUGCAAUGAUUUCUACUCGAAUUGAGUCUUUAAGGCUUGGCCAAGGAUUAGCAAUGGGCAUUCUAAAUCUUGCAAUUGUGAUUCCUCAGGUACUGGUCUCUCUGGGAAGUGGACCAUGGGAUCAAUUAUUUGGAGGCAGCAAUUCGCCAGCCUUUGCUGUAGCAGCAGUUGCAGCUUUUGCCAGCGGAGUUGUGGCAAUUGUUGGUCUUCCUCCAUCCUAUAUUGGAAGGACAAAGAGUCGCAGAUAAGUGUAUUAUUGUAUUCUUUUUAUCAUUUUUUUUUUGGAAUCUAUGCUGCUGUUCAAUAGCCAUUUCACAUGGGAAAAGAUGUAAUAUUAGAUGUCAUUUGUUAAAUAAAGCUGCUUAUUUCUUUUCCUUCUGUCA